AUGUAAAGAAAAAUAGAAUGCUAUAAUAAAGGACUUUUUACGUCAAUGACUCAAUUUGAACUCAAAUAGAGAUCUAACGGUAAGACUAGUUUAGGAACUGGAUCUUUUGGAACUGUUAAUCUGGUACAACAUGUCAAAUCAUAAUCACUCUAUGCCAUAAAAUCAAUUUAACAAAGCAAUAUCUAAACUCCAUAUGAGUAGGAAGGAGUGGAAAGGGAAAUUAAAGUCCAUUUAAAGUGCCAUCAUCCAAAUAUCGUAAAUUUGUAUGAUAGUUUCAUUGAACAUGGAAACGUAUAUAUGGUGUUGGAAUAUGCUGAAAAUGGAAACCUCUACAAUUACGUAUAAAGGAGAAAAAGAUUAGAUGAAAAAGAAGCCUGCAAGUACUUUAUUUAAACCUGCAAAGCAUUGCAAUAUCUUCAUGAAAUAAAUGUAUUCCAUAGAGAUAUCAAACCUGAGAAUUUGUUGUUGGAUAGCAAUAACGACAUCAAAUUAUGUGAUUUCGGAUGGUGCGCAGAGAACAUUCAUCUUAAAAGAAAGACCUUCUGUGGAACCUACGAGUACAUGGCUCCUGAAAUUGUCUCAGACUUGCCCUAUGACUAUAAGAUAGACAUCUGGUCAGUUGGAGUAUUGCUUUAUGAAUUGUUGCAUGGGUAUGCUCCAUUUAAGGGGAAGGAAUACAAGGAAAUAGCAGCAAAUAUAAAGACCGGCUUAAUACGCUAUUCCAGUUCAAUCAAUGCAGAUGCCCAAGAACUAAUAAAGAAUAUCUUAUAAAAAGAACCAUCUUAGAGAUUAUCCUUCAAAGAUAUUUAUCAAUCUCCAUUUGUUCAGAGAUGCUAUCCAUAAUAAGGAUGUAAUAUUAUAUCGUUAUCUCCAAGGUCUAGUUUUUCAGUUGAUUAAAAUUCAAUCUAAAAAUAUCAAUCUCCUUUGAUAAGUCACAAAUAAUAACCAAUUGGUAGAUUAAAUCAAACAAAUGGGAAUAAUUUGAACAACUCUUCAUCUUUGAGUAUCAAAUCUCCUAAUAUAUCAAAAACAAGAGUUGAUUCAAAGAAACAAUCAAAUAUAUUUGAUGAUAUCAAAAAGAAAAUCAUUUAUGAAUAGACCAGUCCUUUAAGGGAUGCGACAAACAUGCAUAAAAGAAAUUAGGCUAGUUUAACCAAUUUAAUCAAGAAUUCUAAUACAAAAAUUACAUAGAUAAAAAGUCCUUAACCAAAAAAGAUCUAAUUGAGUAAAUACUGUUCAAAAUCAAGAAACUUUGAUGAAAAUGGAACUCUCAAGCUUUUAGAUUAAUUUAAAUCAAUGCCAUCGUUUACAAUAGAGGAUCAAUAGCAUACUUUCGAAGAGGAAAACAGAUUAAAUUUAAAGACUGAUAGAGUUAUCAAAGUGUAAAAUAAGGAUUGUGUUUCUAGAUUCAAAAAAGAAUCUCAUUAGUCUUAAGAUUUAGAUAAGAUACUAAAAAUGUAUCUAAGUAUGUGCAGCAGUAGACAAUGA